GCGCGUGUGUGUGUGUGUGUGUGUGUGUGUAUAUGCGUGCGUCUAUCCAGCGCGGUGGAGGUGCCUGCUCUCUGGAUGGAUGGAUACGCUCAGGAUGAUCGUUGCUGCACUUGAAACGCUCGGAGUAUAGUGUCAAAACAUUUUUUUUUUGUUUUUGUUUUUAACCUUCAAACGCGCCUAACCAUGAGAUGCCCCUGGGUGGCCUUCGCCUUACAGCUGGUGGUGCUGCCACUAACAGUCUGGUGCCAGCCGGUCAUCUCCCCCAGCGGGCCCCACGUCGUGGUUCCCAAGAGGGGACGGCUGGAGCUGCGCUGCCGCGACAAUGCCACGGCGUCGGGCGCCCCGUCCAGGCUGAGGUGGCAGAGGGGGAGAGCUCGCAGGCUGGAGGGCGAGGUGGAGGAGGGCAGAGCGGCCUCCGUCACGGUGUCGGCAGCACAGGCCUACCACAUGGGCCGCUAUGUGUGUGUCAACAACAGCACGCUGGAGCACAGCUCCGUCUACGUAUACGUGAAAGACCCCCAGAACGCCUUCCAGCGCACCAUGGUGAACGGAAUCCUGGUGCGCGAGGGGGAGAACUGCACCAUCCCCUGCCUCGUGACCGACCCCGAGGUCACUCUCCUGGCCUUGGAGGCCUGCGAUGGACGACCGCUGCCCCCCGGCGUGAGUUACCACAGCGACCCCCAGCGGGGGAUCACCAUCCGCAGCGUGAGGAAGGAGUACGAGGGCUGCUUUGUGUGCGUGGGGCAGCUCGCUGGGGUCAAAGUGACGUCGAGCCAGUACACUGUGGACGUACGACUCGUGCCUGAGGUGCCUCCGGGGAUCACGCUGUCCCAGAAAGACACAGUCAUCCUGAGGCGAGGAGAGCGGUUCGAGAUCACCUGCAGCUCCGCCAACGUCAACCCGGACGUCAGUGUCACGUGGGAUUUCCCUCCAGCAGCGCACCCUGAGGAAUCCCACAACUCACACAUCCUGUCGGGCUCCCGUGGCUACCAACGCGCCACCUCACUCUUGAUCGCAGCGGUCGACCAAUCAGACUCGGGCACUUACCGCUGCCACGCCCACAACGAGAGGGGCGCCAGUGCCACAGCGCUGCAGCUGGAUGUCCGAGAUCAGGGGUUCAUCACCAUGUUUGGAAGGCUGGGUCCGGUCCGGGCCGACGUUAAGGAGGGCGAGAGCCUGAGCCUCAGAGUGGAACUCAACGCCUAUCCCGCCCCGAGCUCCCUGUUCUGGUCCCACGGCGGAAAACGGCUCCUCAACACCACGGAGCACGUCAUCACCGUCCACCGCCGCAAAUACAGACUCACCAGCGAGCUCCGACUCGUGAGGGUCGUCGGCUCCGAGGGCGGGAUCUAUCAGUUCUCGGCCAGCCACGAGGACGCGUCUGUCGACCAUUCAUUCCACGUGUACGUCAUCAGCAAGCCGGUUAUCAUCGCCCAGGAAGGCCCUGUUGAUGGACAGGUGCGGUGCAUCGCCGCCGGUUACCCAGUCCCGAAGAUAAGCUGGUACUUCUGUGAGCGUCCCCACACCAGGUGCUCUCACCUGCCCAAUGCCACCCAAUGGGAGACUUCGGACGUCGCCAUGGUGGCAGAGUCCACCUUCGGCCGGGGCGAGGUGGUGGGCCGGCUGAACGUGAGCAAGGAGCACGGCCACUACCCCACCCUGGAGUGCGUGGCGAGCACGGAGGGGGAGGAGGCCUACACGCUGUUCUCCAUCACGCAUCGUCCCCAUGAGCUCUUCACUCCUCUCCUCACCGGCAUGGUGGCCACCGGCAUCGUGCUCAGGCUCAUUCUGGUGGUGCUGCUCUAUAAAUACGUGCAGAAACCAAAGUUCCAAAUCCAGUGGAAGGUCAUCGAGAGCAUCCACGGCAACAACUACAUAUACAUUGACCACCAGCUGCCGUACGACGCCAAGUGGGAGUUCCCUCGACAGAAACUGCGCUUCGGUAAGACUCUGGGCUCUGGGGCUUUUGGAAAGGUCGUGAGGGCCACAGCGUAUGGACUCUGCUCCGCAGAUACUGUUACAACCGUCGCCGUUAAGAUGCUCAAUACGUAAGUCUCCAACGCUCACGCCACGGAGAAGGAGGCUCUGAUGUCGGAGCUGAAGGUGCUCAGCUACCUGGGGAACCACGUGAACAUCGUGAACCUGCUGGGGGCCUGCACUGUCGGAGGCCCAAUCUUGGUGAUCACAGAGUACUGUUGCUAUGGCGACCUCCUCAAUUUCCUGCGCAGAAAAAGAGAGGCCUUCCUCAACUCCCAAGUCGGUGAUGGUUACUAUCGCAACGUGUCGAACCAAAAAGAGCCUGCAGCGAGCGGAGAGGUGGCUGAUACAGGAUACAUCCCCAUGCGUCCCUCUGAGAAAGAACGGUUUUCCCAGUCAGUCGAUGCGGAGGAGCUGUCUCUGGACGCCGAAGAUCUCCUCAGCUUUUCUACCAGUGGCCAAGGAAUGCAGUACAUUACUUCCAAGAACUGUGUUCACAGGGAUCUUGCAGCCAGAAACAUUCUGCUGACUCACGGCCGGGUGGCGAAGAUCUGUGACUUUGGGCUGGCCCGAGACAUCACCACUGAUGCCAGCUAUGUGCUCCGGGGCAACGCUCGCCUGCCCGUCAAGUGGAUGUCUCCCGAGAGCAUUUUCGACUGCGUCUACACCUUCGAGAGUGACGUGUGGUCCUACGGCAUCCUGCUCUAAAUCUUCUCUCUGGGUAACAGCCCGUAUCCUGGGAUGCAGGUGGGCUCAGUAUUUUAUCAGAUGAUUCAAGACGGACACAGGAUGAGCAAGCCCGAGUUUGCUCCCGUCGAGAUGUAUGACAUGAUGUUGUCCUGUUGGAACCACGAUCCUUUGAAGAGGCCCUCAUUCAGGAAACUAGUGGAGAGGACCGAGCUGCUGCUGUCAGAAAAUACCAGGAAUGUGUACCUGACGCUGAGCAACGCUCCGGGUCAUCCAGAGCAGCAGAGGGCGCCGUCGCGGAGGCUGAGCUCAGUCUGCAGCACGACAGCCCCCACCCAGCCUUUGCUGCAAAACACAGUGGACGUCUUCCUGGACUAUGUUUGACACACGCACGCACACACACACACACACACACACACACACACACACACAC